GUGCAGGAAUUUGAUAGGAUGAUGGUAGAGAGAAGAUGUCAUGUGAUCUUCAGUGAGGGCAAUCUAAAUGUCUUCCAUUUUUGAGAGGGGAUUAUCAUCGAGAUAGCGGUUUUCAAGACGAGGUUCGCUUUUGCUUUUGACCCAGUCUGAGAAAGAAGGUAUAUUCAUCUGCGUACAUCUUUAAGGAACCUGCAUUGCUCCGGUAGUGGAAAUUAAUGGAAGAUCGAAUGACGGUUUCUUUGGCGGGUUCGAGGAGCCUCUUGCACCGAUCGAUUGUCGCGUGCUAAAAGCUAGUAAAUGGCGGCAUUCAUGGAGUAAAACUUGUUAAAGGUGACAUGGAAAACGACAAUGGAGGAAAAGUUCCGGUGUCUUCUCAGAUCCCAGAGAAUGAUUCAGGAUCAAAGUAUACAAUACCGGGAAUUUUGCACUUCAUUCAACACGAAUGGGCUAGAUUUGAGAUGGAUCGAGCGCAUUGGGAUGUCGAGAAAGCAGAAUUGCAGGCUCGUAUUGCAUUUCUACAAGGGGAAAGGAAAGGACAAGAAAAUCUUAAACAUGAUCUGAUUAGGAGAAUCAAGAUGUUGGAAUAUGCUCUGAAACAAGAAAGAGCAAAAUAUCACAGACUUAAAUAUGGUACAGAAGUGUCACCAGAAAAGAUUUCAAAGGAAGAGGAGAAUGUGAACCAGGAAGCUCAUAGGGAUAGCAACACCAAUAACACAAAACCAGUUGUAAAUUGGCGACAGGGUCGACAGUUACUUAGACAAUACCUUCAGGAGGUUGGCUAUACAGACACUAUUUUGGAUGUGCGCUCCUCGCGAGUGAGAUCUAUACUUGGUCUGUCAGUAGCAGAUGGUUCUGCACCAGAUCACCCCCAGCCAAAUGGUAUUUCUGGUAAAAGCAGGGGAAAUGAAUAUGCAGUAAUUGAAGAGCAUGCACGAUCUCCAAAAAGAAAUGAGGUCGGCAUCAUCAGGAAGUUGCCAGAUGAAGAAUCUGAUGGUGCUUUGCCCAUAACUUCUGGGAAACGGGUGCCAGUGCGACCUGUUGUGAAUUCAAGAGCACCUAUUGAGGAUGAUCUUGAGACAGAAGCUGCAGUACUUGCCAACUUUGACUUCCUGCAAAAUGAUGUGGAAGAUGAGGAAGAUAAUGAGGAUGAUAAUGAUGAUGAUGGAGGAAGUGCUGAUGAUGAAUCUGAUGACAGGGACGACUUGAGACUAGGACGGAGGAUGGGCAAGAGAGCCAAACAAGAUUUGAGUAAAGAUGCUGUUGAUGAAAUGCUCAGCGUAGAUGAUGAAACUGCUGAUGCACUGGCAGAAUUUGAUUUUGUGAUGGGUGAAGAUUCUGGUUCAGAGACAGAUGUAACAGUGAUUGAAAUGGAAGACAAUACUGCUGUGUUAGAAGAUAUGGAUAUUACUAUGCCAGAGGAAGGAGAAUACCCUGCCCCUCAAGAUGCCAGAGAUGGGUCUGACACUCAGAAUGAAUGGGGAGUUGAUUCAAACUUGCUGGCCAAGUUGAAAGAACAGUAUAAGAAAGAAAGAAAGACUAAAAAGAGUCAAAAGAGACCACCAAGGUCAGCAUUACAAGCCAUGCUAGCCAACUUGGAAGGAGAGGAUGAAAUGCCUCAGUCAGCACCUUCACCUGCCAUUAUUAAUGUCCCUCCACCAGUUCGGCUGAGUGGAACUCGCGCCACAUCUGAGAUCCCACCCAUUGCAAGUGUUUCUGUCCCAGGGAACGCAAGUGCUGGGGGUAAGCCUUCUGUGACCACACCCAUGGCCACUGUGGAUGAACCAUUUGAGAGUGCCCUGGGUCUUGGUGAAUUGGCAAGUUUAACUGUUACCAACGAGGCAGAAGCUCUCUCUUACGAGCCAAACACAAAGGAAGAGUUCAGGAAAACAUGGAGCCCAAAGUUCACGCUAAGAAGUCAUUUUGAUAGCAUCAGGUCCUUAUACUUUCAUCCGACUGAAUCAGCUCUUAUAACAGCCUCAGAAGAUCAUUCACUUAAAUUAUGGAAUCUUCAGAAAACUGUUCCACAGAAAAAGAACAAUGUGUUGGAUGUGGAACCAAUUUAUACAUUUAGAGGACACAGUGCUCCUGUCCUCUCAGUCGUAAUCAACUCUACAAGUGAGAUGUGUUUUAGCGGCAGCGCUGAUUCAACCAUCAUCUGUUGGAGUAUUCCUUCUCUUGACAUAGACCCGUACGGUCCUUAUAAUUCGGAAAAUCUCAGCGGCAUGCUCGUAGCGCAUACAGAUGCAGUGUGGGAUUUGGCAGUUCAGACGGGCUCGCUACAGUUACUUUCUGCUUCGGCAGAUGGAACAUGUCGGUUAUGGAGUCCGACUUUAAAAUCCCCUUUACUGAAUAGCUACAUUCCUGAACAAGAGGGCUGUGGUGUUCCCACGUCGGUGGACUUCAUCCGCACUGAAACAUCACAAAUGGUAGCUUCUUAUUCAUCUGCUCAAUGUAUUAUUUAUGAUUUGGAGACAGCGGCACCAGUUGUUUCACUCGACAGCGCAAAAACAUACAAUAAUUCACCUUCUACACAAAUAAACAAAGUAGUUAGUCAUCCCACCCUUCCCCUAACAGUCACAGCGCACGAAGACCGACAUAUACGCUUCUUUGACAACAACACAGGUAAACAAAUUCACACCAUGGUAGCUCAUCUUGAUGCUGUAACCAGCUUAGCAGUGGACCCCAAUGGGUUGUACCUCUUAUCAGGAAGUCAUGACUGUUCCAUUCGUCUGUGGAACUUGGACAGUAAAACCUGUGUCCAAGAAAUCACCUCGCAUCGGAAGAAAUUUGAUGAAGCGAUAUACGACGUUGCUUUUCAUCCCAAUCGACCGUACAUUGCUAGCGCGGGCGCGGAUGGAUUAGCUAAGGUGUUUGUUUGACGUCGAGGUUGUCAAGACAAUGUCUGCGCCAGUAUGAAUGGUACGAAGCUUGCGUCAUAAUGGUUUUGUCCAACGGAACUGUGAAGCGCUGCGUGGUGUCACUAAAAUGGUUUCCUUUGAGCAAAGCUGACUUUAAGACGAUUGCGUGAUGCAGUUACGCUAGUCGCAUCACAUGUAUCUUUGCUGUAACGCCAUGCAAAAGGCCUAGUAAGGUUGCAAAUUUCUUGGAGUAAAAUGUAAAAAUUUUAAACGAUUCUUCUUAUAUGACGAACUCAGUGCUCGGGAAGCUACAUUUGAAGUGGGCAUCUUGUACAAAAGUGGACUGGCGCUAGUCGACGAAUUCCUCUUCAUCCUGCCACAAACAGGACAGAGCUAUUAUGGUAACAGUGUAUUAAGGACAUGGUUUGAUAUAUUUUUGUUCAGAUCUACA